AUGAAGCGUCCAUUAAGUCCUGACCACGUCUUUGAAGAUGGGAUUAUGAAUCAACCAGCUGUUCUAUGGGGCUUUGAAGAAAAAGGACUGAGGAAUGACAGACAGGACUAUCAAUUAAGCAAAGAAAAAAAGAAGAUACUGUUUUCAUUCUGUGAAGUGUGCAAUAUACAGCUGAACUCUGCAGCACAAGCUCAAGUUCAUUACAAUGGGAAGUCUCACCUGAAAAGAAUGAAGCAGCUAAAUAAUGGAAAACUCCCUACAAGUACACAGGCUGGAGCCUCCAGCCGCGAUAGCACUGGUUCUACAUGCAGCACUACUACACUUCCCACCCUUGUGCGCACACCUACCUUGAUGAUGCAGCCUUCCCUGGAUAUCAAACCCUUUAUGUCCUUCCCUGUGGACAGCAGCUCUGCUGUUGGAUUCUUCCCAAAUUUUAACACAAUGGAUCCUGUGCAAAAAGCAGUCAUAAACCAUACAUUUGGAGUGUCCAUUCCCCCAAAGAAGAAACAAGUAAUUUCCUGUAAUGUCUGCCAGCUUCGCUUUAAUUCUGAUAGCCAGGCCGAGGCCCACUACAAAGGAAGUAAACAUGCCAAGAAGGUCAAAGCGCUAGAGGCAACGAAAAAUAAACCCAAAGUUGGUUCUUCCAAGGACAGCACAAAGGCUAACACAAGCUGCUCCACCACGCCAGUCACAGCCAACAUCUCUGACAAAUCAGAAGAUAAAGGGAAAGCAAAACCCAAUAGUGCAAGUCAGCAGUCGAGUACAGAACUGGGUCCUUUUCUUCCCAAACCUGGAGUGGCAGCAGUGGCACCUGUAACACCUGCCUCAUCCUCCAAGAGCGCAAAUGGAGGUCCUAACACAGUCUCUGAGUCAGAAGAGGAGAAAGCCAAAAAACUACUUUACUGUUCAUUAUGCAAAGUGGCUGUGAAUUCUCUGUCACAACUAGAAGCCCACAAUACAGGCUCCAAGCACAAGACCAUGGUUGAGGCUCGGAAUGGUGCUGGUCCCAUCAAGUCUUACCCUAGACCUGGAUCCCGGCUGAAGGUGCAGAAUGGCAGUAAAGGCUCAGGACUGCAGAACAAAACGUUUCAUUGUGAAAUCUGUGAUGUCCAUGUUAAUUCAGAAAUUCAACUUAAACAGCACAUUUCCAGCCGAAGGCAUAAGGACAGAGUUGCAGGAAAGCCUAUGAAACCUAAAUAUAGUCCUUACAACAAACUGCAGCGCAGCCCAAGUAUUUUAGCAGCAAAACUUGCAUUCCAGAAGGACAUGAUUAAGCCGCUGGCACCUGCUUUCCUUUCAUCUCCUCUUGCUGCGGCUGCAGCUGUAUCGUCAGCUCUGUCCCUUCCUCCCCGUCCCUCUGCCUCCUUGUUCCAGGCGCCUGCAAUACCACCAGCUCUCCUCAGGCCAGGCCAUGGUCCCAUACGGGCAACACCUGCCUCCGUACUUUUUGCACCAUACUAA